AUGGCAUCUUUCGACUCCGAACCCGCGCUUUUCCUCCCCUUCAUCCCGAAAACCGUCCUCUCUCCGGUCAUCGCGGUCGCCGUCGUCGCCCUCGCCGCCGUCUGGCUCUCCCCCGGCGGCGUCGCAUGGGCGCUUUCCAGGGCUCCGCGUUCGAUCCGCGGCCCGCCGGGCAUCGUCCUCGCCCUCGCGGGCACCGCCGCCCACCGGGUCCUCGCCGGCCUCGCCCGGGUCCUCGACGCCGCCCGACUGAUGGCCUUCUCGGUCGGCUUUACCCGGUUCAUCGUGUCGAGCCACCCCGACACCGCCAAGGAGAUCCUCAACAGCUCGGCCUUCGCCGACCGGCCGAUCAAGGAGUCCGCCUACGAGCUCCUCUUCCACCGUGCCAUGGGCUUCGCGCCCUUCGGCGAAUACUGGAGGAAUCUGAGGAGAAUCUCCGCUACCCAUUUGUUCAGCCCCAGGCGAAUCUCCGCCUUCGGGGAGCACCGGCAGGCGAUCGGGGCGCAGAUGGUGGGGGAGAUAAGGGCUCUGAUGGGGACCGAUGGAGUGGUGGAGGUGAAGCGCGUGCUGCAUUUCGGGUCUUUAAACAACGUUAUGAUGAGUGUUUUCGGAAAAAGAUUCGAUUUUGGGAAGGGGGAAGGACUGGAAUUGGAAGGACUGGUGAAAGAAGGAUAUGAGCUUCUUGGGGUGUUCAACUGGAGCGACCACUUGCCUCUGUUGGGGUGGAUGGAUCUCCAAGGAGUGAGAAAGAGGUGCAGAGGAUUGGUUGGAAGAGUUAAUGUGUUUGUGGGAAAGAUCAUAGAGGAGCACAGGAGGAGGAGGAUUGAUAGAGAUGUUGUGAAUCAGGAUGGGGACUUUGUGGAUGUGCUGCUGCAUUUGGAGGAGGAGGAGAAGCUUUCUGACUCUGACAUGGUUGCUGUUCUCUGGGAAAUGAUAUUUAGAGGAACUGAUACGGUGGCCAUCCUUCUGGAAUGGAUCAUGGCCAGAAUGGUGCUGCACCCAGACAUCCAAUCCAAAGCCCAAUCUGAGAUGGAUGCUGUUGUCGGAAACUCGCGCCUUGUGUCGGAUUCGGACAUUCCUGACCUUCCUUACCUCCGAUCUAUAGUGAAAGAAUCUCUUCGGAUGCACCCACCUGGCCCACUCCUAUCCUGGGCUCGCCUCGCGAUCCAUGACGUCCAUAUCGGGAAUCACUUCAUUCCUGCUGGGACCACGGCAAUGGUGAACAUGUGGGCGAUCACCCACGACGAGCGCAUCUGGGCCAACCCCAACGAGUUCCAGCCGGAGCGCUUCAUGGCAGAGGAUGUGAGCAUUCUGGGCUCCGAUCUGAGGCUGGCGCCGUUCGGGUCGGGGAGGAGGGUCUGCCCUGGGAAAUCCCUGGGGUUGGCUACUGUUCAUCUCUGGUUGGCUCAGCUGCUUCAGAGCUUCAAAUGGGUGCCUUCAGAUGGUGGGGUAGACCUGUCCGAGUGCUUGAAGAUGUCCCUAGAGAUGAAGAGUCCUUUGGUGUGUAGGGCCCUUCCAAGGUGAAGGAUGGGGACGUUGGCUUCUUCUUGGACAGCGACUGGUUUGGAAGAUAGCAACAGUUAUGGUUGGUUUCUGGUACCGGGAAGCUCAGUCCCUGGAGAUAUAUAGCGAACUUGUUAUCUCCAAAAUUUUGUAGCCUGGUAGUAGUUUGGUAGGUACCUUGGGUUUCUGGUUUGUCACCUUUGUUCAUUUCCAGUGCUUGCUUUAGUAGAUCUAAGUUUCCAUGUGAUGUUCUUAAGGGUGAAAGUUUGAUGGCAGUGUACGUGUCGUCUGUAAGAACUAAGAAGUUGGUCUAAUAUGGUCUUUGGUGGUUAUCAUGUAAAACAGGUUGUCAUGCAAUGUAUAUAUAUCGUUUGACUCAACACAUGGAAUGAUAAAUUUCUCUUUGCCUGCACCUA